AUGUGUACAGGAGGUUCAACAAAGUUUUAUGUGAACCGGUCAGCGGUGUGGUUACUGCCCUCCUGGGUUCUGAUUUUGUUGAUUCAACCAUUAGCGGCAUACGGAAGUAGAUGUGACACAAACCCAAUCUACAUCGCUUCGGAGUGUUUAAAGAUGCCGGAGUGCGCGUGGUGCUGUGAACGACCUGUAGGAAGUCAGUGCUUUGACCCGUCGGAGCAAUACAAUGCGCUGUCAUGCAGUGAAGCGGCCACGUUAAGGAACUCCAGUGUGACGUGUGGCGCAAGGUGCCAAGCUGCAGCAGCCGAUUGUGACAGCUGUGAGGAUAGGAACUGGUGUUACUUCUGUACAAGCUCAAACGAAUGCCAACCGGCGUACGAAACGUGCAAAGAUGGGCGGGUGAUACAAUCUUGUGAUAUGCAGGAUAUGUCAGAGUGGAAUUUGCUCAUUGUGAUUUUACCUCUUCUAGGUACAGGUGGUUUGCUCAUCGUAAGUUCGACGAUAAUGUACGUAGUUCUGUUGGUAUGGCAGUGCCGAGGUGAGGAAACCCCCGAGGCUAAUGUGACCAACGAACACACUCCACUUCUGGCUGAGACUGGCUCCAAUGGGGAUCAUGGCGAUGCAGCUAAUACCGAUGGGGGGAAUGAUGCUCAGAUUGAUGAGGAGAGAGUUGUUUCUAAUACAUCCGAUAAUACGGGUGAGGGGAGGGAGGUUAACGCAAGUGAGGAAUGCUCGCCGGAGUUGUCUUCCGAUUUGCCGCAAUUGCCAGCAUCGGUCGCUCAAAAGAAGGAUGGUGCGACUGAGGAAGCCGGGGCUCGCUCUGCAGCGGCGAGUGUAACGAGCAAUAGCGACCUUCUUUGUCAUUUAUGCCUCGACGCAUAUUCGACAGUGACAUUUCUGCCGUGUUACCAUACUUGUUGUUGUGAGAUGUGCUGCACCAAACUCCGUCCCACAGGUGAUAAGGGCCUCACGUGUCCUUUUUGUCGUGUCAAGAUUCUAGCUAUGGUUAGUUUACGGGGCCUCUCCAAAGGCAACGAUUAG